GUAUGGAAAGGUUUUGAAGUUAGCCUGUGUUUGCUUGUGUUGUUGAGCUACUCUAGCCUACUGUGUUGUAAAGCAAGUGAUUCCGAUGUGGUAGCCGACUUUUGACACUGUCGCGGCCUCAGUAGGCUACAUUGACUGCUCGAGUUGCAACAUUGUUUCACCUAGUCGCGUGCGCCAGUUAAUCGGAUCAGUCAAUCCUCGGUAAAGACCUAGCUUGUAAGUCUGGAACACUUCGGCAGAUCAGUAACGUGUAACAAACACAAAGUGAAGUAAAAUAAACAAUGUCCUCGCCAUUCGUAGACGACGAGGUUAUUGAUGAAGGGGCCACUGCUGUUGGCAAAGCGUUUAGAAGAGAGCGCGUUUUCGGAGACAGACACGAUCCUUUAGCACAGUCUGAUGAAUAUUUGUAUGAUCAAUAUCGAUUCAGUCGUGCGGGAAUAAUUUACUUGCAACAGUUACUAGGGCGUCACAUUGAAAACCCGACAGAGCGAAGCGCAGCAUUAACCGUGGUACAGACUCUUUGUAUAGGACUGCGCUUCUUUGCCAACGGCACAUAUUUAUAUGCAGUUGGUGAUGCUGAAAAUAUAAGUAAAGCCACCGUGUGCCGCUCCAUUAGAAGAGUUUAUCUGGCUGUGAAAAGGUAUCUCGGCGUGUUUGUCCGAUUCCCCGGCCAUGCGCAAGUCGAUGUAAUCAAGGAGGGUUUCAAGGCGAUCGCAGGCAUCCCAGAUGUCCUAGGCGUGGUGGACUGCACUCAGAUCCCUAUCAAAGCACCCCCUGGUCCCCAUGAGGCUGACUACAUAAAUACAAGGGCUUUCUACAGCAUCAAUAUCCAGAUGAUCUGUGAUUCUACUAAUGUCAUCACUAACAUUGAAGCCAAAUGGCCAGGUGCUGUUCUGGAUGACCACGUCUUCAAAGAGUCCAGCCUGUGUGCCAAGUUUGAGGAAGGUGUGUUUGAUGACGCCCUCCUGUUAGGAGACAUGGGCUACACGUGCAGAACCUUCUUUAUGACCCCCUACACUGACCCCAGCCCCGGACCACAGACGCGCUUCAACGCAGCCCUGGAAAAGACCAGAUCCAAGACCAUCGAAACCACCAUCAGCCAGAUGAGGGGGAGGUUCCAGUGCCUUAACGGCCUGAGGGUGGCACCAGACAGGGCUUGUGACAUCACGGUGGCAUGUGCUGUGCUCCACAAUAUCGCCACGAUAAGGAAGGAGAGCAGCCCUCCUGCCUGGCAGCAGCCUCAUUUUGAAGUGGAGACUCUGUACAUUGAUGAGCCUGAGGGGCACGCCGUGAGGGACAGGAUUGCCACUCAGUAUUUUGGUUGAGUUUUCUUUUUUUUUCCUUCUCUUUUUUUUGUCUUUUUCGACUUUAUUUGAUAGGACAGUGUGAGAGGUGGUCAGGAAGCGAAUUGGGAGAGAGACGUGGAGGGGUCGGCAAAGGACCUGAAUCGAACCCGGGUCAGCCGCAUGGCAGGCAAGUGCCCUACCGGUUGGCCACGGCAGGGCCUUGGUUGAGUUUUCGUUGGACUGACCCUACAGCCCAUGUCAUUUGAAGAACAUCACAAGGCACUUUGUAAUAAAAACCCUUUUAAUCAAAUUAUUGUUUUUCCUGGAAAAAAAAAUAAACGGAUUAAAGGUCAGAAAGUUACACCACC